AUAGCUUGACGAUUGACGAUGGGUCUGACGAAGUUCGCGAUAGCGCUGCUCGUCAGUGCGCAGGCCCUGCGCCUGGCUCAAAAGCCGUCGCGCUGCAGCACGCGAUUACAUUCCAACGCCGCCCCGGCGGAGGAGAUCGAGCGCCGGCGGAACCUGGCGAUCAUCAGCCACCCCGACGCGGGCAAGACGACGCUCACGGAGAAGCUGCUGCUCUACGGCGACGCGAUCCAGCAGGCGGGCAUGGUCAAGGCGCGGGCCAACGGGCGGUCGUCGACGUCCGACUUCCUCAAGAUGGAGCGCGAGCGCGGCAUCUCGAUUUCGAGCACGUGCCUCACGUUCGAGUACGGCGCGUCGCGCGUGAAUUUGAUGGACACGCCGGGCCACGCGGACUUUAGCGAGGACACGUACCGCACGCUGAGCGCCGCGGACAACGCCGUCAUGCUCGUCGACGGCGGCAAGGGCCUCGAGCCGCAGACGCGGAAGCUUUUUGGGGUGGCGCAGCGGUCGCGGCUGCCCGUGUUCACGUUCGUCAACAAGCUCGACCGCCCGGCCAUGUCGCCCUGGGAGGUCCUGGACGAGAUCGCCGCGGAGUUCGGGCUGGAGACGGCCGUGCGCACCUGGCCCAUCGGCGACGGCGAGCGGUUCCGGGGCGUGCUCGACGUCGAGUCCGACCAGGUCUGGAUCUACGAGCGGGGUGCGCGCGGCGACAAGGCGAGCGUCACCAAGAUCGACUACGCCGACGAGGCCGCCGUGGCCGCGGCCGUCGGCGACGAGGAGCUCGUCGCCCAGCUCGCGGAGGACCGCGAGAUGAUCGCGGAGCUGACGCCCGCGCUCGACGACGAGCUCCUGAAGACGGGCGCGAUGACCGCGGUCUACUUCGGGUCGGCCAUGAGCGACGCCGGCGUCGAGCCCUUCCUCGACGAGUUCAUCUCCCUGGGGUCGCGGCCCGCGCCGCGGACGCUGCGCGCGAGGAAGGCCGAGGAGGAGAAGACGCAGCUCGCGCCGACGGGCGACGAGUUCGCGGGCUACGUCUUCAAGAUGCAGGCGAACCUGGAUCCGAAGCACCGCGACUGCAUGGCCUACGUGCGCAUCGUCUCCGGCAAGUUCACCAAGGGCAUGAAGGUCACGCACGCGCGCACGGGGCGGCCGCUCACGCUCGCGACCGCGGCGAUGCUCUUCGGGUCCGGCAAGGACACGAUCCAGGACGCCUUCCCCGGCGACAUCAUCGGCCUGAACAACCCGGCGGGGGGGCUCUUCCAGAUCGGCGACGCGCUCCACAGCGGCGCGGCAUCCGUCGCGUUCGAGCCCAUCCCGUCGUUCUCGCCCGAGUGCUUCGGCUACCUGCGGCCCACGGAGGUCGGCGCGUCGAAGAAGUCCUUCCAGAAGGGCGUGGACCAGCUCCUGGCCGAGGGCGCCGUCCAGCGCCUCAAGCAGCGCGGCUCCGGCGACGGCGAGGACCCGCUCCUCGCGGCCGUCGGCGAGCUCCAGUUCGAGGUCGUCGUCGACCGCAUGCAGGGCGAGUACGGCGUCGCCUGCGCCAUCGAGCGCGUCUCCUACACCAUCGCGCGCUGGGCCCAGCCCGAGCUUUCGCCCGAGGACGCCUGGGCCGUCGUCGACCGCGCGCGCGGCGAGGGCGCGCUCACGGGCGUCUUCUUCGCGGAGGACGUCUUCCAGCGGCCCGUCCUCCUCUUCCGCAACCAGUUCACGGUCGACCGCCUCGAGAACGACGCGGACCUCGACCUCGGGCUCAAGCCCUGGGCCCUGCCCCCCGCGAACGCGCCGUAAGGCCCGCGCGUCACCGUAGACUUCACCAUCGUG